AUGGCUGAAGACCUGACCUCCGACGCCGUAUCAAGUGUCGUCAGAAACGAAUUCCUCGGCGAUAGCAUGACUGAACCAGGUACAGAAACUGUUCCACCUACCGUCAGGCAACCUGGCGAAGAUGUUAAUGGCUACAUCUCUGUUACUCAGAAAUGGCGGGACGACUACCGCUGUGGAGACGGUUACACUACAGGUGAUGGGAGGACCGCUGAGUGUGACCCUGACAGUAACUGGCCAUGCUGCUCUCCGGGCAACUGGUGUGGGAAUACUGCAGCUCACUGUGACUGUGCGGGCUGUGUCUACUACCAUAACACAGAGAGUGGUGACAGGAAGUUGGAGAAGAUUAUUACCAUUCGAGGAAAUGGAAAAGAACCUGACAUGACAGAGGCGUACGGAGUCGCCGUGUCUGCUGACAAUGAGAUAUUUGUAACCAGCUUAAAUGGAGUCAAAGUCUUCAGUAUAAAUGGGAACUAUCUUCGCCGCUUCUCAACGGCACUGCCGGGUAAAAAUGUCUUUAUCAUGCCUUUUGAUGUUGCUAUUGGUAUAGAGCCCGACCGUCUGUGGGUAGUGGGAACUAUUUUGAAUUCUGGUGGGAAUGCGGGAAAUGUGCAGGUUGUAACGUACAGUAGGAGUGGUCAGGCCAUGAAGAAGCUCGAGACGAGAAGUUCGAAUAACGUAGGCUUUACGAGACCUUUUUUCCAGCCCUCCAUUGCGAUAGACGUGUGCAGCAAUAAAAUCAUCGUCGGACAGGGAAGUACAGUAAAGAUGUUUGAUCCAGACGGCUCUCUGUAUCGGAGUUUUAAAGUGUCAUCAGGUAGUGAGGGAGGGAUCGGAGGAGUCACAUCGGACAGCGAGGGAAAUAUACUGCUUACAUUUUUUAAUAGCGCCUUUAAGGCUGUUGCAAUGUAUAGUCACUCCGGAGUCAAGAUAGUAGAAUUUGCCGGAAGGGGUAAUGGCCAGCUGUAUAAUUUCUAUGGUAUUUGCCGGGACAAGUUGGGUAAUAUCAUCGUAGCAGACAAUGAAAACAACCGGGUGGACAUGUUCACAAACCGUGGGGAAUUUGUCCGAACAAUUGCGAACAUUCAAGAACCGACUGGUAUCGCUAUGGGACCAGAUGGAGAGAUGGUGGUAACUACCGUAGGUCACGAUUUAAGAAAACCUAAAGUCCACAAAAUCUUCUCACCUAGCAACGUCCUCAUCCUGGAGAACGUGGCUCACCUGGACGAGAUGCCACCUACCGGUUCCACCGUGUACUCCAUGCCCAUAAAAAUCGGCCAGGGAAGCGGCGCUCCUGCCGGGUCUCCGCGAUCGUGGACGGCAGAACCAAUGUUGUGGAAAUGUUUUCGGACAUGA